AUGGAUGAUACGAAAAAUACUCUCACUUAUCGUCGUGUUCCCCAGGUUUUCUUAAAAUUGAACCACGCUAACGUCCUGAAGUUUGUCGAGUUCAUCAAUGACUCCAACCAGCUCCUGAUGAUCUUCGAGUAUAUUCCAGACAACGUAAAGCGUGUCAUGAAACGAAGGGACCAACCAUUCAACGAGGCCGAGACCAAGGGAAUCAUGCUUCAGGUGUUCCAUGGACUCUCCUACAUACACGGUCAAGGGUUCAUCCACCGGAACUUGCGCCCGGAGCUGCUCGUCUGCAACGAAGACGCGACGGAAGUGAAGAUCUCUGACUUCUCCUUGGCUCGGUCCUCCCUCGACACCAUCAACACCAUCGCAGACUACACGGGACAGCUUCACCCGUACCUGCCUCCGGAAGUGCUGCUGCAGGUCGAGAAGUACGGCACGCCGGUUGACAUGUGGGCUGCCGGUUGUGUGAUGGCAGAGCUGCUCACCGGAAGCCCCCUCUUCCAGAGUGACGUCAUGGAGAUAAAGGAUCUCAUAUCGAAGAUCUGUGUUAUAAUAGGAACUUUCACAAAGGGCGAGUGGCAGGAAGGGUCCCAGGCACUCAGGCAGGCCAUGUUCAACCUUCCCAAAGUGGAGGUCGGAAGGGGACUCGGCGAGGCGGGAGCGAAAGUUGGGGCGGACACAAAGGGGCUCAUCAUGGACCUCGUCGUUUGGAACCCUAGCAAGAGGAAGACGGCGGAUCAAGCGAUCAGGGAUGACUUCUUCAAGUCGGAUGGCGAGUUUGUAAACAGCACAGAAAAUCAGGAGAUCCUGAAAUUCGCGCGCGAGAAGAUGCAAACAUGGCGGGAAACUUACCAGGCCGAUCUGACCAGAAACUCGCUGGCGGAAUUCGACAGGAUCAUCGCCGACGUAACGCACAAAGCCGGCCACCAGCCUCAGCGGAACCCGUUCCAGGGCUUUGAGACGUCAAAUCCGCUGCUAGGCGACAGUACGCCGCGUGGCAAGUUUGGUUCCCCUCCUCAACAGAGGAAACUUGGUGUAAAGGGAGGCGCAGAUGAUCCGUUCGGGCAGUUUCGACCUCAGCGUCUCCAGAUGGACCUCUCACCUCGCAAGAGCGAGAAGAACCCAUUUACAGAGGAGAUUAAGAGCCGAGAAGAGCAGCGCCGCUCGCACCAUGGACCUCCGACAAACAAAGACUCACUGUUCGCGCCAGAAGAGCCUCCCAAGAACGUGGAUCACCGUGAUCGCGCGGACAAAAUGCGGCAACAGAACUAUCUUAAGUACAGGACCAAGUAUGGAGAUGACUUCCUCAGAAGCCAGCUUGGAGACAAGCUCGCCUCGAAUGAGAAAGAAACAGUCGCUCCGUCGAACAACAGAAAGGGCUCAGUUGCGCAGGACCGGGGCCAGUCACGUGACCCCGUUCGAACCAGAUCCCCGCCCAAGCAGGCGUUUAACGGAAAGGGCGGCUCAGAUGCCGACUACGACCUCGACAUUAACUUGGACUUCGGGGAGAAAUCAGAACCGGAACUAAACAAGGCAGAGUGGCUGCGAGGACACCAGAGAGAACGGCUUGCCGGCGAUCAAAGAGAAGAGCGCGCCGCGCGUCUCUCCGAGUCGCCGCCUUCCUGA